AGACACCCUACAAACCCCCAGCACUGCGGGACGGAUUCCUCCCACCCCCCAUCACCAUGGGAGAGGCUGAGGAUAACGGGGUCAAUCAUCUGGCUUACCCCGCCGAGGAUUUCGAACGCCUCACCAUCAAAGAAAAAGGGCCGAAUCCUACCCCAGCUCCAACAACCAACCCAAUAACCCCAGUUCCCCAGGCCACUAUGGACUCCUUUCGAGAUGUUACGGCAGAAUUCUUUGAGGCUUCAGAGAUGCUGGAGAUCGGCCAACUGGUCAAAGACCCAUACUUUACUCUACUUCAAGCAGUCGGCGCUUUGGAGAUUAUGGAUCCUAAGAUGGAUAGUGGGAUGCUACGGGCAGAAUAUGAAUCAUUCGAUGCAUUACAGCCAAGACUACCGGAGGAGGUUGUGGGGAUUAUGGAUCAACUCCUAUGCCAUGAGAUGGCGUGGAACAGAGGAAGUGCUCUUUCACAGACAUUAUUUACUUCACUUUACAUAGAUAGGCUCCUGUCUUCUGGCCCUUCUUCCCUUGCUGAAGCGACAUUCCGAGGACCUCAUGGAAAGAAAACCGAUACUCCUGAGGCUCAAUUGGUAGAAAAUGUGCUGCAACCCUUCUGCGUUGGGUUGAUCAAAUGCUGCAGCCAUGUCAACCAUCAGAUACUGGCAGAGCAAAUCUAUGAGGAAGAAGACUUUGUGACUCAGGUCUACGGCGUUAAUCUGUUUGAAGGAGUGAAAUCCGAAGAGAUUGUGGCCCUCCUGGAGAGUGCUUUGUCGUGGCUGGAGGGAACUGGGGAUUUGUACUCUGAGGGGAUCCGCGAUGCCUUUAAGCAUCGAUUGUUGCUCCGCAAGUCUCUAGUGCUUGUAUUUUCUAGCGAAACCAAAGAAUGGUCUGCCGAAACUACUGAGAUAUGGGAUACAUCUCUUGAACAUGUGAAAGGGGUUGAAGAAACCUACAAAAUUCUUAAUUUUGAGGGAUCAACAAACUUGGUUAACUAUUUUUUGGGUUUUACGACUCGCCAACCAGCCCCUUCGCCGUACAUUCGAUCGCUCCUCCAAUCCGUGUUUUUCGGACAGGUGGAGAAUCCAGGAAAAUUCUCCAUAAAGCAACUUCUCUACGAUGAUCUCAAGGAGCUUUGUUAUCCAGCAGAUAUCCUGUUAGACCCUCAGAAUGACCUAGUUGAGGCACCACAAGACCCUAGGUUCGAGAUAACCAAACAUAUGAGUUGGUUCGUAGAGAGAGCUGGAAAGUCUUUCAUGGAAUUGUUUCGAAACAUCUGCCAGAAUAGACCGCGAUUACGUAGAACUCUAUGCCAUUCUAUUCUGGACUGGGAUUCCCUCCAAGUCGAGGCGGAAGAAGUGGAUUCAGAGUUACGCCAGUUUACAAAUGAAGAGGCAGUAAUGACUCCAAAUGGACCUAGCUUCGCGUUUCCACUAUCUUCGUGGGUCUAUCAUUACAAGCUACGGCAGAUGGAAUGGAUCAUGCUUCUAGGGUUUGAGUUGGAUGUUUUCCAGACGCACGAGUUCGCUGGGAUGUACUGGUAUUUGCAGCAUUACACCCGCACAAGGAUAAGCCAUAUCGAAAGAAUGCUGCAGUUUGCGAGCAGGGCUAUCUCUGGCCCUCCAUUAGAAAGGAGGAAGGAACUGCGCUCAAAUCCGCAGCAGGUAAAGACUUUAUCACUCUUGAAUUUUUAUCUGCUGGAAGCCGCUGGGGUGCAAGAGUUGGCAGGUGCUAUGAUUGCUUUAUUCACCGCUCUUUCAAGACUCGAUCUGCUGAAGAAACCGCCACAACCCUUCAGCAGCGAUGCCCUAAGGUAUGAAGUAAGAAUGAAGCCUUUCUUCACCAUCGGCUGCCCAGAGGUGGUACCCUUCGAGGAUUUCCAGUCCCUGGCCAGCAGUCAGGAAAUUGAGACAUCCGAACUCCUCGAAAUGGCCUCCGAGAGCGCGACGGAUGCGAGGAAGAACUUUGAUCAAUUGUGCAAACUAGAUGCCAGAACCGCCCGCGCUGUUUUGUGCGAAGAGCGAUACAGAACGAGCAUGCGCGAGAUGAUGCGGUCUUGCAUUGGAGUUGGAGUGGCAACAGCAGUGCUCUCUAAAGCGCUCCAGGAGGGCAGAGCAACUCCUGAGCUUUUGGAUGUUCAGAUAGACCGGGAGAGAUAUCACCCCUCUUUUUCGGCGCCGAAAAUAGUUGCUAAAAAGCGGUAGCAUAGAGUUAUCGGAUUUCACUACGAUAGAAUCAUGAAUCCUCACUCGCUAAUCCA